AUGGCCGAAACAUCGGAGAGAGCGCAGGGCAUACCGGCCGGUCCUCGAACAAAACCACGCCCCCCACCUCCACCAUUCUACCUUCCCCUCAAUGGCGCUCUAUACCUCUGCUUGAUUGUUAAUGGCUUCGCUGCACUAUAUUCACCAAUUCAAGACUGCGAUGAAGUGUUCAACUUUUGGGAGCCUGCACAUUAUCUCAACCAUGGAUAUGGACUGCAGACAUGGGAAUACUCGCCAGUGUAUUCCAUCCGAAGCUGGCUUUACGUAUCCCUUCACGCAAUAGUUGGCAAGCUGGGCUCCUUGAUGGUCCAUACGAAGGCGGCUGAAUUCUACUUCGUUCGCUGCGCUCUUGCCGUGUUCUGCGCAGCUUGUCAAACAAGACUGUACUCCUCGAUAUGUCGGGCCUUAAACCCUCGCAUCGGCCUGAUGUUCAUACUUAUCACGCUGUUCAGCCCUGGCAUGUUCCAUGCGUCAACCGCUUUCCUUCCGUCGACAUUCACUAUGUACACCGGCAUGCUUGGACUAGCCGCGAUCUUGGACUUGAAGAAUGGCCGUAGACUCGCACAGGGAAUCAUGUGGUUCGGGCUUGGUUCGAUAGUGGGAUGGCCUUUUGCAGGUGCUCUCAUGUUGCCGCUCCUGCUCGAGGAGCUCGUCAUCAGCAUUCUGUCGCAGAAAACAGGUCAUUUCGCAGUCUCUGUGAUUGAUGGUGGACUCCGAUGCUUGGGAAUCAUGGCCCUCGAGGUAGCCGUCGAUUACGUCUUUUUCCGCAAAAUCGCCCUAGUGCCUUGGAAUAUUGUCGCAUACAACAUCUUCGGGGGGCAGGGCAAAGGGCCUGAUAUCUUCGGCGUUGAGCCGUGGACAUUCUACAUACGAAAUCUUGUGCUGAAUUUCAACAUUUGGUUCGUUCUUGCAAUACUGUCCGCGCCGCUUGUUCUGCUACACGCCAUUCUCCGGCCCAAGACCAACUCUCUGCAGAUGGCCAUUCGCUCAAUCACUUUGACUGCAUCAUUCUAUAUGUGGUUUGCCAUUUUCACGGUUCAGCCACAUAAGGAGGAACGCUUUAUGUAUCCGGCAUACCCGUUCCUAGCGCUCAACGCCGCUCUUGCGUUUCAUCUGAUGUUGACAUUGCUCGGAUCCAAUGAACCUAAUAGCAUUGUGAGCCGUGUGCCAGCGAAAGUGAAGCUGGGCGCAGCGCUAUCAGUGAUUGUCUUGGCCGUCAUCGCCGGUCUGCUACGUACCCUGGGGAUGGUGAGUGCGUACAAUGCUCCGUUGAAAGUUCUUGAGCCUUUGCAGCAAUUGGAUGUCGCACCUAUCGAGGCGAAUGUGUGCUUUGGAAAGGAAUGGUAUCGCUUUCCUUCGUCCUACCACUUGCCGCAUAAUAUGCGUGCCAAGUUCAUUCGAAGCGAGUUCAAUGGGUUGAUGCCUGGAGAGUUUCCUGAGGCGUCGAGCCUCCUGGGCCGAGUUGCGGGUGCUUCGCGGAUACCCUCAGGCAUGAACGAUCUCAACAUUGAAGAUCCUAAUAAAUAUAUCGACAACUCUCAAUGCUCCUUCAUCGUUGACAGCUCUUUCCCUGGUAGAGUGACCACAGACCUGGAGCCAGAUUACGCUCAGGACAAGGCACACUGGAAGGUCUUGUCCUGUGAAAGAUUCUUAGAUGCCUCGCAGACUAACCUGGUGGGACGUAUAAUUUGGCUCCCAGAUCUUCCCAUCAUCCCAGAGAAAUACCGGCGUCACUAUGGGCAGUACUGCCUUCUACAGCGUCAGGCAGGUGAAGAGCCUGUCUAA